UGGGUGGGCUCGAAUUCUUCACUACGGAGUUGAGCCGGGCACGCGCAGGCAGAGGGAAACUCGCUCGUCGUCCAGUUGGCAAACUGACGAAGAAGUUGUCUUCGGAAACUUGGAGGGUCAAAACAAAACCACUAUGACUUCGACGAACAUGUUUCAAGGGUUGGAUACUGGUUCGAAACCGAGUUCAAGGGUAUUGCAACCCCCUGGAGGUGGCUCCAGUAACCUGUUUGGUGGCUAUGAAGAAGACUCUGCAGCAUCAAGAAGACCUAAUAAGAUGGCCUCCAAAGUUUUUGCUCCACCGGAGGAACCCCAGAGUGCACCAAGACGCACCAAUCCUCCAGGUGGAAAGAGUAGUGGAAUAUUUGGUGAACCUGAACCCCCAGCUCAACAACAUAAACCCUUACCUCCAGGUGGACCAGGCAGCAACAUAUUUGGGCCUGCAGACACUACACCUGUCCAAAGUCCGAGCCGAAGCUACCCGAAUAAGCCAAAGGACAAUCUCAGCGUGGGACCUGAACCUGAAUCACCAGCCAAAGCCAGCCAGCCAGAGGCGAAGGAAGAAACUGCGCCCCCAGCUGCUCCACCAGCCAAGGAAGAGCCGCCUGCUGCCGCCGCUGUCUCAGCACCUUCACAGCCUGAAUGCACACCUUCCUCAUUUCCUGAUGAGACUUUGCUGAAGAACCACGAGCCUCACCUGGGACCCAAGCCUCGCUCCCACAACAGGGUCCUCAACCCUCCUGGAGGAAAGUCUAGUGUGGUAUUCUACUGAUCAGCUGAGCACGCCACUUCUCCCAGUUUAUGUCCGUACACCUUUGUCUGUUCCCCUGUUAAUCUUCUCUCAUUCCUACACUGCUCUCCUGAUGGUUACAUGAUCUGUACGCAUAAAUCCAGGCCAGAUUUUGUUGUUCACACCUGAUGCCUGGUCUCAGAAGUUGUCCUCAACGUAUUGCACUUUCACCCCCGUUUCCUUGGUAUUCUUGUACAAUGAAACUUGCAGUCAUACAAUCAUCAAUAAGUCAGCUGCCUGGCUAGCUAUUACCUUAUCACUCUAACUGUAACACUGUUCAGUCUCAAUUUUGCAGUUAACAUUUUCAUUGUUUGUGUUAGAAGCAUCUGUAAAUGUAGUUUGGUUGAAGGCACAAUUGUUUUUUUUGUUUUUUUGUUUUUAAACAUUUCUGCAUCUCAAGAACGGUUUAGAGUUUGGACUACUUGCACAAUUUUCAGCUUUAAACUGAAUCAAUCAAACAACUUGGUUUUGCUAAAAAAUUCAUGGCAGGCAUUUUCACAAAUUUCUGGGAGCCUGUUUUAAAUUGUGUAGGCAUUCAGUCAGGAAGGGUGAUGAUCUGCUCAUCAGCUUCAUAUAUGACGUGCUAAUAAUCAUUGGGUGACGACUUGAAAUCGGAAUUUAAAAAGUAAUGCAUGUGAUCAAGGCUUGAUAUCAUUUUAGCAUCCUUUCAUCUUUCAUUCUCUUGCCUUUUCAUUAAUUAUGCCUUAUUAAAAAUGUGUAUAAUGGAGAGCACAAUUUGUAAUUGAGAAUUGAAACAAUUGUUUACUCCCUAAAUGUUUGUGCCUCCUCAAAGAAAUUCCAUUUUGAUUUGUGAAUGUAUUGUGCAGGUACUUUUCUGCUUUGCCCUCAUUGCUUGCUUCAUUUGAGAACAUAAUCUGCCUUCUUUUAGCUUGGGGUAGGCCUCUGUUUAUGUUUUAAAUUAAAACGGCUGAAGACAAAGUGAACUCUGGACAUGCGUGCAGCCUACCUGAGUCCAGGUUGGGCUCGAAAAUCGAUCAUUUUCACCCACAUCUCGGCGCACAUUCAUGGUGUUCUGGCGCCAGCCUGUCCCCCUCUGUGUCGAUGUGCCUGGCAGGCCGUGAGCGCAGCAGAAAGAACUCCUGUGUAUUGCAAUAAAAUGGUUGUUUUGCA